CUUGCUUGGAACGGAACGUGCGGAUCGGCCGCGGUCAAACUUUCGUGUUUCGUUUUACGGUAACAGUGCAGUGUAGUGAUGUGAUGUGAUUGUUUGUUGAUGCACCAGCAACAGUGAUGACUCACCGAUAUAGCAGAUUAUGAAGUCUCGACACCGGGACGUCGUUCUGGCGCGAUGUGGAGUGUGGGCUUAUAUCUUCUCUCGCAGAUAGUCCUGUGUCAAUUUUCUACUGAAAACCCAACACAACCGACCGAAGAAGACAGGACAGUGACGUCAUUCUACGCGCUCAGUACUGGCAUCGCCCCCGCUCCUGUCAUGUUAAAACUGGGAAAUUCCACCAUCGACAGCACCAAAUCCUUCAAAGUACCACAGCCUUCGGAACCCACGGGGACCCAAACAACCCCUGGGUACCCUAAAGUCAUAGUACCACAUGUGGUUUCAGUAAAGAAUACGUAUUUUGACCACGAUAGGAAGUAUGGCCCUACCUUUGAGGACACGCCUGAAGGGAACAUUACUAGGACUAAAGUACAAUUAGGAGACAACGCGUUUUUGAAUUGCAGAAUCACGCUGCUUAGGGAUAAAACGGUAUCAUGGGUCCGCCGGAGAGGGCGAGACGAUAUGCCCGAACUUCUCACAGUGGGGACCGUGACGUAUGCAGCUGACAAUCGCAUGACCGUCGCCAACCGAUACCCUGGCAACUGGAGGCUCCUCAUCAAGGAGGUGAAACCUGAAGACGAGGGGGUCUACGAGUGCCAAAUAUCCACACACCCGCCUAGGGUCAGCAGGACUUAUUUGCAUGUUAAUACGCCUCAAGUCAACGUGGUUGACGAAGCCGGGGAGCCACUCUCCGAGAAGUAUUACGAGGCUGAAUCAACCCUCGCGCUGGUCUGCAGGGCCAGGCAUGUGGAGACUCCCGCAGUUCUCACGUGGCUUCACGAGGGUAGAGCCCUGAACGCUGAUACCACUAGGGGAGGAAUCAGCGUGAAGACAGAACAAGUGGCUGGUGGAGCUGACAGCCUGCUGCGGUUGGCUCGUGUGAACAGCAGCGACGCGGGCAAUUACACGUGCGCAGUCAGAGGGGCAAGGUCCCAUACCGUGUCUGUUCAUGUGCUCAAUGAGAGCCUGGCGGAGCUCCACGCGGGGACCCAAUCAAUUCAGCCUACAUCAAAAAUAACGGUUAUAACGUUAUUAGUAGUGUUAAUUGUAACGGAGCAACCGUUAUUCAAAACUGUGAUUGUAUUCGCAGCAUUAGCGUGUACGGUGUUGGCCCAAGGCCUAAGAUUUGAUCGUGUGUUGGUACUAUUACCUACGUGAUA